AUGUCUUCAAAACGAAUAGUUGUGGAUCUCUUCUAUGACAUCAUAUCUCCAUAUUCUUGGAUCAGUUUUGAAGUGCUUUGUCGCUAUAGACCUGAAUGGCAGUCAAUGUCUCUCCGAUUGAGACCCUUCUUAUUGGGAGGGGUUUUGAAACAGAGCGGAAAUACAGCGCCCAUUGAUGUGCCCAACAAAAUGCGGUAUAUGCCCACUGAUAUUCAAAGACUCGGCCAGUUAUAUGGCGUUCCCAUCGAUGUUCCCAUGGAUUUCCCCGAAGUUGUUCUUAAAAAAUCACUAAAAGCUCAACGGUUUAUAACAGCUAUUGAUUUGUUAACAAAAGGCAAGUCUACUGAAGACAUAUCGAGACAACUGUGGAGACGAGUGUUUGUGAGCCAUCAAGACGUGACACUUCCCGACAGCCUUCGAGAAGCAGCCAAAUGUUGUCCAAUAAGUGAAGACAUUGUCGAGAAAGCAAUUGUUUCUUUGGAUCAAAACCAAAUAAAAGACAAACUCCGAAAGAAUACAGAAGAGGCCCUGUCUUACGGAGCAUUUGGUGCCCCAACUCAUGUCCUUCAUCUGCCAAAUGGACCACAAAUGGUGUUCGGAAGCGACAGAAUUGAUAUCAUUGGCGCACUUUUGGGCGAGAAAUAUAUGGGACCUCUGCUUAAGAAACGUUUAAAUAAUUAA